AUGGCUUCGGCCACCAACUUCACCAUCCCUGCCAGCAAGCAACGCACGGACCUCGACGGAACCGGCUCGGGCGGCGUGCCGGUCGCCCUUACCGUGGCUACAGCCGUCACCAACCUGCUGCUAGCCGGCAGUCCCAGCCACGCCGCCAGCCCGACGCCCUUCGCGCUCGCCGCGUCCACCGCCCUCACGACUGAACCCGCCGGCCAGCCGUACUACCUCUACGGCGGCUCGAACCUGAGCUCUCUAGCGUACCUCGAUGCGAACACCACCUCGCUGUCCCUGUCCGCGUCCGCGUCAUCAGUGGCGUCGGCGGCGGCGGCGGCUGCGACGUCAGCCACGACAACCACGCUCCUGACGGCCGACGGUGAACUGCUGCCGACCGGUUCCGCCGAGGUGACCGUCUCCACGAUCGUGAUCAGCAUCAUCCUGCUCGCCGUCAUAGUCGGCACCGUCAUCGGCAACGUGCUGGUGUGCGUGGCCGUGUGUCUCGUGCGCAAACUGCGCCGUCCCUGCAACUACCUGCUCGUCUCGCUCGCCAUCUCCGACCUGUGCGUGGCGCUGCUCGUCAUGCCGAUGGCGCUAGUGUACGAGGUGCUCGAGGAGUGGCGCUUCGGCGAGGUGUUCUGCGACAUCUGGGUCGCGUUCGACGUGCUCUCGUGCACCGCCUCCAUCCUCAACCUGUGCGCCAUCUCCGUCGAUCGGUACUGGGCCAUCACCAAGCCGCUCGAGUACGGCGUCAAGCGGACGCCCCGUCGGAUGAUCGCUUGCAUCGUGCUGGUGUGGCUGGCGGCGGCCUGCAUCUCGCUCCCACCGCUGCUCAUCCUCGGCAACGAGCACGAGGUCAACGGGCAGCCGGCGUGCUCGGUGUGCCAGAACUUCUUCUACCAGAUCUACGCCACGCUGUGCGCCUUCUACAUCCCGCUCGCCGUCAUGCUGUUCGUGUACUUCCAGAUCUUCCGCGCCGCCCGGCGCAUCGUGAUGGAGGAGAAGCGGGCCCAGAAGCGGCUCGAGAGUGCCAUCAACGGGGCGACGCAGGGUGCGGUGCUGCAGGGGAAAAAGGAGAAGCUCCCGCCCGGCAUCACCGCCGACGGUCGGGGAGUGGCCGGGAAGGUGACCACCGGCUCGCCGCAGAACAAGCGGCUCCGGUUUCAGCUCGCCAAGGAGCGCAAAGCGUCGACGACGCUCGGCAUCAUCAUGUCCGCGUUCACCAUCUGCUGGUUGCCGUUCUUCAUCCUCGCGCUCGUGCGCCCGUUCAUGAAGGACGACCACCGGACGCUGUCCUCUUUCUUCCUCUGGCUCGGGUACGCCAACUCGCUGCUCAAUCCGAUCAUCUACGCCACGCUGAACCGCGACUUCCGGAAGCCGUUCCAGGAGAUCCUGUACUUCCGCUGCUCCAGCCUCAACAACAUGAUGCGGGAGGACUUCUACCACAGCCAGUACGGCGAUCCCGGCUCGCAGCGGCUGGUCAUCACGAACGACGGUGGGGCACGGGAGAGCUUUCUGUGA